AUCCUUAGCUCUGAGCUUUUGUUCUCGCCUCCAACAGAAGACUUUUUAUGAGCACAUUUAAAGGAAAUGAGGCGCAACGACGAAAGGUAGUCUUUAAGCGAAGUGUAUUCCUACAGAAUGAAAUAAAAAAAAAACAGACUUCCUCAAACGUAGAGGGAAAGAGAGAGAGAAAGAGAGAAAGAGAGAGAGAGAGUUAGCUAGCUUGCAUAUGAAAGGGGGCGGAGCUGUUGGUUGUCAGGGACGACGGCGUCAACACACUGGCACGCUCAGGAGGAAGGCAGUGAGCGGGCGCGCGCUUUGUGGCCACACUGCGAGUGAACGCUUUCUCCACACACAGCUGAGGAACUCACUCGGGCACAGGAUCUUCUCCUGCUCAGGCUCCAGCUCUCACACACUUCCUCCUGUAAACGUGAAAGGAGAGGAGAAGGAAGAAGAGACACGGGAUUAAGAUUUUUUCUUCUCUUUCUGUCUCCAGCAGCAGCAGCAGCAGCAGUAGUAGUAGUAGUAGUGUGCUCUCUACACUGAUUUAUUCCCUCUGUCUCAUUUGCAUCGCUUUUCCUUCCUCUGUGCCUGUGUGGAAGAAAAGAGGAGAAACGUAAUGCUGUCGUAAAUGUGAAGUAAACGGGAAGUGUGUGCUGCGGUUAUAGGGAGCGAGUGGACACGUAGAGAGAGAGAGAGAGAGAGAGAGAGAGAGAUGGGCAAAUCCAACAGCAAACUCAAGCCAGAGGUGGUGGAGGAGCUGACCAGGAAAACCUACUUCACUGAAAAAGAAGUCCAGCAGUGGUACAAGGGUUUUAUUAAAGACUGUCCCAGUGGGCAGCUGGACUCAGCUGGCUUUCAGAAGAUCUACAAGCAGUUUUUUCCCUUCGGGGACCCCACCAAGUUCGCCACAUUUGUCUUUAAUGUCUUUGAUGAGAACAAGGAUGGACGCAUUGAAUUCUCUGAGUUCAUCCAAGCGCUUUCAGUCACCUCCAGAGGAACACUGGAUGAAAAACUUAGAUGGGCCUUUAAACUUUACGACCUUGACAAUGAUGGCUACAUAACUCGAGAUGAGAUGCUGAACAUCGUGGAUGCCAUCUACCAGAUGGUGGGAAACACAGUGGAGCUACCAGAGGAAGAAAACACACCAGAGAAAAGAGUGGAUCGCAUUUUCGCUAUGAUGGACAAGAAUGCAGACGGGAUGUUGACACUACAGGAGUUUCAAGAGGGCUCCAAGGCAGAUCCUUCCAUUGUACAGGCGCUGUCACUCUAUGAUGGCCUUGUGUAGCCAGACUUCAACAUGGCACACAGCCACCUCGACAAUCCAUUUUUGCCAUCCUGCUUGCUCUGUGAGAGAAGCUGAUGUGUUCCUUGCUUUCCCACACUUGCUUGGACCAUGUACUGCGUUGGUGCAUUGUGGGGGAUGCUUGUGGAUACGGCUCAGCUGUCAAUUAUUCAUCUGCAUAGUCAAAGAAAAACACAGGUCAAGACAUCACAGAUUGUGCCAUCUUCUGCAGAAUUAUUCUCAAGAUUCUUGUGAAUACGAUGAAUUAAGUAAUUUCCUUUAAAGGAGAGAGAAGCACCCAUGCAUGAGCAGUGCACAUUUAAAAAUCAGUAUAUUACUGAAUACCAGUAGACCCAUCUAUUUUAUUUUGUUCGGUGGAGCAAGAUGAAGACAUUCAGACACAUCAAACUCUUGAGGGGCCUCCAAACAGGACAACAUGUUCCACAGACUUUCCAUAUAAAUAUAUAAUAAACGAAUAAAACUUUAAACUGUGUUACUGAAUUGUAGAUUAUGGACAAUGACAUGAAAGGCUGUGAUUCACUGGACCCGAGAGGCCAGUCUUUUUGAAGAUCAAGUGAAAAUGUAUUAUACUUGGUUUCAUGUAUGCAGACAUGCAUCCAGUAUUUAAUUAUCUAUUUAUUUAAUUGUUUUAAACUGUUCUGAUCACAAUUGUGGUGUAAAUUACUGCUGCAAACUGUGCUGCUCUUGUGACGCUUCUGUGAUCAUUCUGGGGUGUGUGACUUGCAUUAAACACUGAUAUGGUGAUGUAUUGCUUCUCCAGCCUAAACGUAGCAUAUUAUGGACCUAGAAAAGUGACAGAGGGAGGAUUGUUAAGCCUUGGCUCAUAUGCCUCAAAAGGAAGUUUUACACCAUUUUCAAGUUUUCAGAUUAUUUUUUCCUUAAUAUAGUGCAUUUUGUGCAAAUCUGUUAAUUUGACUUGGAUUCUUUUUUCCAUUUCAAUCCACUUUUCUGAGUCAAUCCACUUUACUUGCUUAACAGAAAUUUGUGACAAAAUGAGUCUAAUCUAGCAAGCUAUUUUUCAUAGCUAUGAAAAAGAUUGGUUAUUUGGCAAAUUUUUGAGAAACACUAGCUAAAACAAUGUUUACGUCAUGUCCACAAUUGCAUCAUUUUACAGCAUGGAGAAGGUACACCCAUAUGGCAGCCAGAAGCUUCACAUCCCUCUGUCCAGAAUGACAUCAUGAGCUAUUAUGGUCUGUAAUAUGUUUAACUAUGGUACUAACAAAUCUGUAAUCAAAAAGGUACUUUGUACAACAGGACAGUAUUGGAAUAUGCAGCACAUUGUACAGCAUGGAACUGUAAAAUAUGUAUUCAUUCCCUGUUCGUCUACACAAACUGCUGACUUUUCUGUUAAUGCGGCAGGAAACAGUUCAAGUCUCAUUACUUACAUGUAUUGACACUCGAACUGUAUUAUGUAAAAAUACAUUUUAUACCCUGUAGUCUUUGACAUGGGAAAAACUCAUUUAAAGAUGUUAAGGACUAUAUUAUUGUAAGUUUUGAGGGUACAUGUACAUCAUUUGUACCUUGGGGGAAAAUUGGAAGAAUAAAACAGACAUCAAGGGCAGCUUUUUAAGCAUAAAACAACCCAUCUUGGUCUCCUUAGAGAAGUGGUUAGGAGUUCUGCCUGUUUCUUUCAAGAACUCAGCACUGAAAAUUGUAUUGCUAACACAGUCAAUAUUGUGAAUACACUCACAUCAUACAGUAUGUAGUGACAUGUGUUACUGGAAUUCCUAAAUAAAUCAAAAUGGUUUUAAAACAGAAAUCUGGGUCUUUUACAGAGGAAGCUAAAUUGAGAUUAAUAAAGCUUUCCCACUGAUUAGAAAGCUAUCUUGAAACGUGAUGUAGUUACCAGUAAGGCUGAGAGACAUGAUAACACUAAUAUUGUAUUAAACUAUGCCACUAUUCACUUUC